CCCUGCAUGGGAUGUCGUUAUACCAUACACCGUGUUACUAGGUUUCCACCCCCGGUUCAGUAUCGAAGGAAUCCAAACUCAUACUGGCUGAGUAGUACUUCCUCGGUACCGUCAGUGAUGUUAUAUUUGCAAGGAUCUGAUCGAAAGCUCUCAAACUGAUCAUCUCUAACCUGAGAAACACAGUGUAUGUGAUGUUUUGCAUGCGCGGUGCUCGUGCAGGGUCAGAUCGGUACAAGUGAAUACGACGAAGUGAACAGCUACGGUACUCAGAGGAGUACCCCGUGGGAUUAGGCUACGAGAGGUCAAGCGAGAAAACUACUAUGAUGUGAAAGAAUUUCUCGACAUCCAAUUUUUCUUGCUUCCUCAACACACACUCGCCCAACAUGGUGUUGGGACCUAUGGGCGCGGGCCUCAUCGCGCUUGCGUGGAUUCUAACAGCAAUAACCACCGUCAUCGUCGGUCUAAGAGUAUGGGUACGAUUUCGAGUGCGACGGCACAUGAUACUAACAGUGGAUGAUCUCCUCGUUCUGACUACCUACGGUUUGGUGAUUGUCAACUCCAUCUUCGUUACCAUUUCAGCAGACUGGGGGCUUGGGGAACACAUGGCGACACUAGAAGAUGAGCCGCUCCGCAUCAUCUAUUCCAUUAAAUGGGCGUUCCUCGCAGAGGGGCCAGCCAUUUUCGCUGGUGGUUUUGCUCGCAUAUCCUACGCUAUUCUCUUGCUGGGCAUCACACCUCCUACAAAAACGAGACGUAUCUUUCUCUGGUCCAUCAUGGGCCUGCAGUUCGCUGCCGAUCUCGCCGCUGUAAUCGUCACAUAUUCCCAAUGCCGACCACUCGUGGCCUAUUGGGAUCCCAGAGUCAAAGGGGACUGUUGGCCUCCAACUUAUCAACAGUAUAUCGGCUUUACCCAAGGCUCAAUUGUCUCUGCAGUUGAUGUCGUCCUGGCUUUGUACCCAACCUCUUUAUUCUGGAACUUGAAGAUGGAAAGGAAACAGAAGAUAUAUCUCAGUUGUGUCAUGGGAUUAGGCGUAAUCGCUAGCGCAGCAUCCAUCGCGAAAACCGUCGCUCUCAAAAGCUUCACAGAAACUCAAGACUUUACUUAUGCUUUAUCAGAGACUGCAUAUUGGUGGACAACCGAGAUAAGCGUGGUCCUAUUCGCGGUGUCGAUACCGAUCCUGUCGCCUAUCAUUCGGCCAACAAAGACCAUGUCGAGCGGCCGUUCUGGCCCAUCCGGUGGCGGUGUAAUCAUGAACACCUUCAACUCCCGAAAGCUCAAGAAGAGCAACGGAUCGUCGAACGCGGACGAAGGCGAUUUUGAGCUCCUCGAAGAAUCGCAUGGUUACAUGCACAACAAUAAUUCCUCGGACGGCGGCCCACAGCCUGCGAAGACUUACGAUUAUUCGAUUUCCCGACAGAACCAAGCUCAGCAGAACUUUAGUACGCCCGGAAUAAAGCGGGAACUGACGGUUUCUGUGACUCGGAACACGGGAUAUGGCGAUAGGGAAUUCUAAUGACUGGGAGCAUCGAUACCUUUUGACGUUUGAGUUACGUUGCUUGAUUUAAAUUGUACAUUUGCCAACCCUAACUCGACGUUACGGGUUUGGCUAGCGUUGGCGUGUACCUUUAUCGUUAUAUUUGACGAAUACCACUGGUUGUGGUCUUGCGAUCCGCCUGUAUGAACUUUGGGGGAUUGAUGAAGAUGAAUGUUUUGCUUCUUUACUGUAUUAUGAUUCAGGCGCAAUGCCUGUUAAUGUCUAUGUAGGACUACAAAAAGGAAAAAAUUAGAACCUGUAUUCCAAACAUUCAGUACCCU